UCCAAAAUGGCCGAUUUGUCUGCUCUGCCUGGCAAAGUCCAACCCAUCACCGAAGUGAGUUCCUUGGUCAAUAGCUAUGGUGUACCAGAUCAAAUGAGAACAGGGUUCUCGAAUGUUAAGAGUGGAUUGAUCACAAGCCAUCCUUUAGAGGGUUCUGAGAAAUAUUUUCUUCAAAAUCAAGAAUUGCUUGACUUUAAGAUGCUGAGAAAUACACAAGGUCUGCAGGCCCCACUUAAACUACAGAUGGAAAGAGCUGUUGCAUCGAAGAUCCAGCGAUUGCCUUGCCUGCCUAGCUCAAUGGUUGCAUUAGACUCUCUUUUGGGUACGGAUGAAAGUAUUGGAUUUGAUGAUUUCUUAAAUGUUCAAGGUGAUUCUGAGGUCAUGUCAGAUCCUCAUCUCACAAUGGAAGACAAACUUGGUCUUCAUUGAAUUCUCUUUCUACUUUAUAAAUGCCCUUUUCUUUAUACAAGUAUAACUUAGUACAUGCUGUGUAGUUACCUGUGAAGUUUAUUUUGCUGUGAACAAGUUGCUGUAAAGUCACUCAAAUGUAGGGAGUAGUGGAAAAGCUUUUAAUACACUGGCUAGUUUAUUUCAGUAAAAACAAUGUUUGACCCUCAAACUCCUGAGAUCCAAGAAUUAUUUUCCUGAUUGACUGCAAUAUAUUUCCUUGCAAAUGAAACAAAAUAUUCCAUUUCAUAUUAAUAUAACACCCUUUAGCUGAUAAGCUUGUCUGUUCUUAUAACUGGUUUGCAAGAUAAUGUCAUGGGAGCACAAUGAGAAGUUAAGAGAAUCACUUUGGGAAGCUGAAGGGUUUAAUGAGAAAUGCAGUUGUGUAGGAGAAGCUGAUCAUUUGUGAAGGAAUUGUCUGUCAUGGUGAAAAUGAAAUAAAACUACAUUUACAAAUGUCAACAA